UUCUAUCAACCUUUCCAUCUUUCAUUAUCAGCAUCUCCACCUCCAGGUUCUAUCUAUGGCGGUGCAAAUACAUGAAAACCUUGUUAGAUCAACGUUCACUAUAUCUCUGUUAUGCUUGGCCACUUUGGCAAAACUUUCAAUCUCUCAAGAAUAUGAAGCGUGCUCCAAGGCUUACAGCUGCGGAGAAAUAGCCAACAUCUACUAUCCUUUCUGGGGAGGGAGCAGGCCAAGCUAUUGCGGCAUCAGCCAGCAAUUCAAGCUCAGCUGCGACGCUAAUCACAACACCUCCAUUCAAAUUGGCUCACAGACUUUUCAUGUGCUGAAUAUCGAUCAACCUGCUUGCAACAUAACAAUGGUUAGAACUGGGAUUGCCUAUGAUCAAUGCUCUUCUCAUUUAACCAACACUUCCUUAGAGACAAGCAUGUUUCGCUUCUCGCCAAACGUUAGGAACGUCUCAAUCUUCUAUGACUGCGCUGGCAACAACAGUGAAACAAUACACUCUUUCCCUUGCAAGGAUGAUCCCAAAAAGCGAGCUUUUUAUGGGGAUUUGGGAGUGGCGGUGGCUCAGAACUGCAAAGGAGUUCAUGUGGAAGUGCAGGCGAUAGAGGAAGUGAGAGCUAAUGAGGAUGGAAUUGAAGGGUUGAAUAGAGCCUUGAGUGCUGGGUUUGAUGUGAAUUAUAGUUCACCUUUUGACAUUCAAAGAUGCAUAGGAUGCAUGUCGACUAAGGGAAUAUGCGGAUCCAAAGAUGAGUUUCAGUUUACUUGCUAUUGCCCUGAUGGAACUAAUCAUGCUUUGGAUUGUUCUCAUCAUCAUAGUAAAUUGAAUUGGAAGAAGAAAGUUGCUAUAGGAGUUGCUGCUGCUGUGCUUAGUGCAGUUAUAUUAGGCAUUGCCUUUAGUCUCUAUUACCGUCGAUGGAAGAAGAAUUUUCAAGAUGUAUCAUUUAUACCAUCUCAUAGCAUGUCUUCUUUUUUAGAAGACACUGAAAAGGGACAUCAAAAAUACUCUGGACUCCAAUUCUUUGCCUAUAGAGAACUUCAAGAGGCCACAAACAACUUUGAUUCGGACAGAGAACUAGGAGAUGGAGGCUUUGGGAAAGUAUAUUUUGGAAAACUUGGAGACGGCCGUUUUGUUGCUGUGAAAAAGAUGUAUGAGAACAAUUACAGGACAGUAGAGCAAUUUAUGAAUGAAGUUGAGAUCUUAACAGGCUUGCGCCACCAAAAUCUGGUAUCACUGUAUGGAUGUAAUUCCAGCCACAGCAGCGAAUUAAUGCUUGUCUACGAAUAUGUUUGCAACGGAACAGUUGCAGAUCAUCUCCACGGGAAGAAAGCGAAAUCUGGUGCUCUAUGUUGGGAUACUCGAAUGAACAUUGCUAUAGACACAGCUAGUGCAUUGGUAUAUCUUCAUGCUUCAGACAUCAUCCAUAGAGAUGUUAAAACCAAUAAUAUCCUUCUUGAUGAUCACUUUAGAGCCAAGGUAGCCGAUUUUGGACUCUCAAGACUAUUUCCAAACCACUUAACUCACAUUUCCACAGCGCCACAAGGCACACCUGGUUAUGUUGAUCCGGAGUACCACGAGUACUACCAGCUGACAGAUAGAAGCGAUGUAUACAGCUUUGGAGUUGUGCUGAUUGAGCUAAUAUCUUCAAUGCGUGCAGUUGACAUAACAAGGCAUAGGCAUGAGAUCAAUUUGUCCAACAUGGCCAUGAAGAAGAUUCAGAGUGGUGCGUUGCAUGAGAUUGUAGACAAAAGCCUUGGAUUCGAAUCGGAUUUGAGGGUAAGGAAGAUGAUCAAUGGUGUUGCAGAGUUGGCAUUUCGGUGCUUGCAGAGUUCUAAGGAUAUGAGGCCUUCAAUGGUACAAGUGUUGGAUACUUUGAAGGAUAUACAAAGUGAUGGGAAAUAUAAAAGCAAACCAGAGGUGAUGGAUAUAUCAAAACAAGAAGAUAAUGAUGCAACCCUGCUUAAGAACGAACCACCUCCACCUUCACCUGAUUCAAAUGGAAAAGUAUAAAUAGACAAUGCGAAUACUAAACAAUGUAAACAAUGGAUAUGUAGAAUGUUUAAUUCAAUGGGUAUACAUAUAAUUAUGUUUA